GUCUUGGUAAAAUGGCGUUGUAAAGUGUUCGGGUGGAUUGGUUUAUGUUUGUCGCUGCAUUAUGCUGUUAUUAUAAAAGAAGUGUGUGUUUUGUGUGUAGUGUAAAUGAUCAGGAUACUAUACGGAUGUGUUUUCAUUGGAUUAUAACCUUCGGAGACACUUAAGUGCAUCCAAAAUGAGUGAGCAAAGCAUAGCUUCCGCUCGCGCCUCUGUGAUGGUCUAUGACGACGUCCAGAAGAAGUGGAUCCCCAGCGGCAGCUCUUCUGGACUCUCCAAAGUCCAUAUCUUCCAGCACCAGAUCAACAACUCGUUCAGAGUUGUCGGCCGGAAACUGCAAGACCAUGAGGUGGUGAUCAACUGUGCCAUAAUCAAAGGACUGAAGUACAACCAAGCGACCAACACAUUUCACCAGUGGCGGGACAACAAACAAGUCUACGGACUCAACUUCAGCAACAAGGAGGAUGCAGACAACUUCGCCAGGGCCAUGUUCCACGCGCUCGACGUCCUGAGCAACGCCAUUACACGGCCUGCGGGUCCCCCUCCUCCGCCGCAGCCGCCCGUCGUGCAACCAAUCACAACAGUGUACCAGACCAACAACAACAACACACAGUACCAACAGGCUAACGGCCAGUACGACGAUGAUUCACAGACUUACAGCACUGGCAGUAUUGGGUCUGCACGAGGCAUCUACCACCAGGUGUCACCAGGAGGUCCCCAGCGGAUAGACCUCAGUCCUAACACUCACACACACGCAAGGACAAUGACGAGAGAAGAUGCAGCACAAAUUCAAGAAAGAAGAAUGUCUCAACAAAAUCAAAUGAUCAGUAGCCCGAUAGCCAGUUCGCCUCAGGGACCGCCCGUGCCGCCCACACCUCCCGGAGGACAUCACCGGACCUCCUCAGCACCCCCCGCCCCCCAGCCACCACCACCUGCACCCCCUGCCCCACCGUGUCCGCCUCCACCCUGGUCCGCCCCCACACCUGUGUCUGCCGGUCCCCCACCACCACCUCCACCCCCAGUACCCAACAUGUCACGGUCCUCCAGCUCUGAUGGACCAGACCAAAGCUCGUUUGCCGCUCAACUACAAAACGCCAGACUUCGCAGGUCGAACAAGCAAUCAGCAGAAAACAGCGGGUCGUCGACUAGCAGUGCCAGUAGUGGCAGUAACUACGGCACAUUGGGUCGUGGCCAGGCACAAGGCAUGGCCAGCAUGAUGGACGAGAUGGCCAAGACCCUGGCCAGGCGACGGGCAGCUGUAGAGAAGAAGGAUGUAGCAGACACUCAGUCACAGGACGGAGAUGGAGGAGGGGACAGAAAGGCUCCAUGGGGGUCCAACAAACUCGGCAAUGGCUGCGAGUCGUCGCCCAAACCUGGCCGCAAACAGCUGACGUCUAGUAGUGAAGAACUGCAGGCCAGACCUACGGUUAAUGGUGACUCUGCCCCUACUGCCUCCAUAACAUCAGCUGAACUGGAAGCAUUCAAACAAGACAUUCUGCGUGAGAUGAGGAAAGAAAUGGGCAAAAUCAAACAAGAAAUUAUUGAUACAAUCAAAGUCGAGCUUAGUAGAAGGUAAUGCCGCAGCAAGUGACGACCACAAACAGCGAAUCAUCUCAUGUUAAGGACAUUUAUAUUUUUUUGUACAUAAAUGUUUUUAUCAACACAUUUCAGUAUAAGUGUUAUACUGCAUAUAUGGAUGUACGCAUAAUUUAUAUAUUUAUAAAUGGCAAUAAUUUCUUUUAGUCUCCCUUAGCGAAUCUCGGAGGUCCCGGUCGGCCUAGUCGUUCCUUUGUAUUUCUAAACACGACACAAGUGAGCACAGAUAAAUCGCUGCAAUCGUUCCAAGUCUGAUAGCCUUAGUGGUAGCCAGAGUACAAAUUUUUAUAACUACUUGUGCAAUCUCGUAAAUGUGUGUCGGUCUUAUUCGUAUUUCGUUUGCUUGUUUGGCUUUGGAUUCGGAACAGCACAAAUUACAAUAACUGGUCAAAAUUAUAAGGUAGAUGAAUUUCUUUAAAGGAAUUGAACUGAAAAAUUUAGAUAGAAGAAUCUAUGAACAAAUAUAUCUUGUGAUUUUAUCGUGUUAUCUUUGAGAAUUGACUAUACACCUAGAAUUGUAAGCUAUGCCAAGUUUAGUUGAUAAUUCUUUACCUGGAGACUUUUUUUAGUAAGCUAAACGUUGUCCUUUUAUAAACAUUCCAGUCAAUAGUUGGUGCAUCUUGAUCCUCUUUCUUAAUUGACAUCUUUAUUUCAUCAUUGGACACAGUUCAACACCCUCGGAGUUUUGUUACCAUUCGUGGUAAUGUUAGCAUGACUCAGUGCCAUUAGAAUGUAUUGUGUGCUCUGGCAUGAUAAUAAAGGUAUUUAAAGUGUUACCUUGUUAAAACACAAUAGCAUUUCGUCUUUGAUUUGAUAUUGGGGUGUAUGGUCAAUGCAUUUUAAUUGGUUGUGAUCAAAAUAAUACAUUCUUGGAUUUCAUUAAAUAUUUAUACCCUUAAAAAUUGUCCAUUACUGUAAUGUACAGUAAACAGUUUUAUUUGUUAAAACCUGUAAUUGUAAGAACCUGCAAGGCAGUAGAAAUGGUGGGAAAGGCUAUUUUAACUUUAAUGUGUGAUAAAUCUGUGUAGGUACUGGUUACAUCGGUCACUCUUCAUAAAUGCAAUGUUUAAUUAUAUGAGGGAAGUGUUUCUACCAUAAAGGUAUAAUGUAAAAUCCUACCAUUUCUACUGUGAAUCAGGUGAAGGAAAAUAAUAUUCAGAAAACACAAUCCACAGUGAAGUUUUUAAAACUAAUUGGAAUAUAAAAAUGUGUUUACUUUGCAUAACUCUAAAAAAUAUUGUCAACAAUGCUCAAAUAUGUGUUGUAGAAAGCUUAACAUAAUUAUGCUCGUAGUUUUAUUACAAAAUGUAAUUUCAGUAGAAUUUAUAACAAUUUUACGUGUUAUACACAUUCUGACGGUUUUAUAACCGAUGAUUGUAAUUGUGUAAGCUUAACAUGAUUUUAAGGAUUCAAAUAGAGUUUAAUAUCCAAUUUUUUGCAAACUUAUUUAAGUCAAGCAAUAGUUUGACUUUUUAAUUCCACUUGUAAAAACAGUUUUGUUUAGUAUUAGUAGCCUAGACUAUUUUACUGUUAUAUGUUACUUAAAACAUAUGUCAAGCUUUGUUCAGUAAGAAAGAUAUUCCUAGUGUUUAUUUUGUAGCUUCUCUCAAGAUUAUUUGUCUUCAGCGUUAGUGACAUUUUUUUUUUAAAUUGUUGUAUGGAUGAAAAAGUUAAAGACGAGAGGGCACAGAAAUUGCUUAAUAUUCACUUUUAUAAUUGAUUAGUAUAAUAUUUUUAGAUCAGUAAUUAAAUUAAUUUUAAAAAAGUACUUGCUCUGGCUCUAGAUAGUUAUGUUUUGUAUUCCUAAUACUUAAACAUAUAUAUUUUAUGUCUCAAGUGUAAACAUAAUACUUGAGUAAUUUUAAGCAAACAAAAUAUCAGACAUUUAUUUUUUAUGUAACUUUUGUAGGUUGUUUUACACCAAUAAUUUUUCUCGUCUACAUAGCUUUCAUUUUUGAAUGUUUUUAUUUUUAUACUCUUAUGAUUUAUACAAACAUGUUUCUUGUAUAGUUCCAAACGAAUAUGACCGGUUCAUAGUUAUUCAAGUAAGUUAGUUAAGAGUUUGCGUCUCGUGCUCAAAUGCAAUACCCCAUUUCUCGGCCCGGUCAGCCAAUACGAAUUAGUAUUGUAUUCUAUCCUACGGUAAUUGUAAAUAACCACGAUGAUUAGAUUAUAGUUUAUUUAUUUAUUUGUAUAGUCGAAAGAGGCAUUUAGUAUGUGUGUAAAACUAUUGAUUUGUAAACUCGCUUGUGUUUUAUAUUGUUUAUACUUGUGUUGCGUAGGCGUAAGGCGUAAGUGUCGUAGGGAAGUGCUGGGUGAUGUAACGCUUGCUUGAUGUGGCUGUGAGUCGGCUUCCUGCGUUGUAGAGGAACAAUUUACGAUCAACUUGCUCGCGGAGGGCUAUCCAGAAUAUUGAACAAUUUGCAACCCAUUUUGAGCGCUUUGAAUUCCGGUUGCAAGAACCUGCACAAGCUUGGAUUCAAAGUAAGGAAGGAUUUUUAUCUAAUCUCUAAACCGCAAAAAAAUGUAUAAUCUACUAAAUGACUUUUUUAAUAUUCAUGACAGGAUUUAUGUUACAAACUUUAACACUGAUCAUGUGCUAUGUAAGAUCUUACUGUUGUAUCCCAUUUCCAGUGAUAUAUUUUUCUAAAUUGUGAUGUAAAAAUAUAUUAUGUUUCUUUCAUUCAUAAUUGUUUACAUAAAUGGAUAGCCUUUGUGAUUCUGAACAAUUUUUUUGGUUGGAUUUGUCUCGCAAGACCGAAAAGUAUCAUAUAACCCCCAUUUCAAGAACAAGUAAACGUUGUUAAUUGUUGAUUUCAAGGUUAAGCAGCGUCCUAGAUUUUAUAUUCAAAAAAACUUAUACCAGCAAAAAAGUAGAUGCGUUCUAUAUUUAUUUUGUUUGAUGAUUUUUAAUCGGUGAAAAAUGUCUUAUUGAGUGGGAAAUAUGUAUUAUCGUAUACAAAGACUAAUUCCUUUAUUUUUUAUCUUCAAGUCUAUGUUAAGAUUCCUUUAUUGUUAGUGUAAAAUGUACAAACAGUGAAUAAUGCAUAAAGAACAUGAUGUUGAAAAGAAUUACGCAUAAAGAUUUGGUUUAUGUUAACUGCCAAUCAAAUUAUAGAACACUUUAUAAAAAAAAAAAACUCUUUCUCAUGAUUAUUAUUGUUAACAUUAUGAUUCUAUUAAAUUUAUGUAACUUAUACAGUGUUCACUGAGUCACAACUUUAAUCAUACAUCAAAAGGCGUACAAAAAAUACAAAACAUUGUUCAAGAAGAAAACCAGAUUAUCAAAUAAAUCUACGUCUGUCUCCAUAACUUUGUAUCCGAACACUUUUCAAAAUGCCUACUUAGUUCAUAAAGACAUUUAACACUACAAUGUAAUGGUAGUUUCUGAUUCUGUAGGUAACAAAGGAUUAAAUGUCAUGGAAAAUAUCUUACUUUGCAUUUAUUUAACUGUAUGUUAUAAUAUAGUUAAUAUAUGUCUUCUACUCAACAUAAUAUAUAAAUAUAUAUAUCGUGUAUAAACAAACAUGUAAGUGUAAAUAAGUAACAAUAAAUAUAGAAUUAUAUUAUGUUGUAAGUGUUGAUACACUCAGUUUUACUACUUACUAAGCACACAUGUUACGUUCCAUGUCGUGGCAUAUUACAUUAGUUGUAUUAUAUGAUUCAGCUUCACGCAUGUUAUUUAUGUAGUUAGCAUUGUUUUUUAAGCAUAUGAAAUAACAACUAUUCUUGAAAUACAGAUUUUCCAUUUCAA